UUGGUGUCAGGCUCGAGCCCAGACCGCAGCAGGUUCGGACACCCACGCGCGCGCUCACACUCUCGCCGAGACUCGCCGGUGACCUCUCGACCCGAGACAGCCCGAGACACGCAGCAUGGCGCGCGCCUGCCCACUCUGCGUGUACCUGGUCCUGCUCGCUCUCCUGCGGGCGGCGGACGGCAGCCCGCGCGCGGACGUGGACGUGUGGGUCUUCCUGCCCCGGAACGACUCCUACCUGUUCUCCCACGCGCGCGUGGCCCCGGCCAUCCGUUACGCGCAGCGGCGCCUGCGCUCCGAGCAGGAGUUCAGCGGCUUCAACUUCAACCUCCACUUCCACGACUCGGAGCGCGAGAACGACGCGCUCUUCCAGCUGGUGGAGCGCGCCUGCGGCGCCAAGCCGGACCUGAUCCUGGGUCCCGUGGGCGAGUACGAGGCGGCGGCGGUGGUGCGGCUCGCCUCCCACUGGAACAUCCCGGUGGUGUCGGCAGGUGCGCUCGCCGCGGGCUUCAGCGACAAGAGGCGCGAGUACUCGCAGCUGACGCGCAUCGCACCGUCCUACGUGAAGAUGGCGGAGACCUUCACCUCCAUGUUCGAGCACUUCAGCUGGAGGAGCGCGCUGCUCGUGUUCGAGGAUGACAAGGAGCAGCGGAACUGCUACUUCACCCUGGAGGGCAUCUACCACCUCAUGGUGGACGUCACCAUCAACACCUACACCUUCCUGCCCGAGGCGCGCCUGGACACGGACGACGUCAUCCACAACAUCCUCGGCAACGAAGUUGUGAUCAUGUGCAUGGGAGCAGAGAAGGUUCGGGAGAUCAUGCUGGCGGCGCACAGACGCCGACUGACCAGUGGGAACCACAUGUUCUUCAACGUGGAGCUCUUCAACGCCUCGUCGUACGGCAACGGCUCCUGGAGACGCGGUGACAAGCAAGACAACGAAGCCAGACAAGCCUACGCUGCUCUCAAGACGGUGACGCUGCUGCGGACCGUCAAACCAGAGUUUGAAAACUUCUCCAUGGAGAUGAAGAAAUCCAGCAAGACAGUGGGCUUCAGCGACGGUGAAGACAGUGUCAACAUGUUUGUGGAGGGCUUCCACGACGCCCUGCUGCUCUACGCCAUCGCUCUGCACGAAGCCAUGAAGGGUGGACUCGGGAAGAAGAACGGGACGGACAUCACAGCACGCAUGUGGAACCGGACCUUUGAAGGAAUCGCUGGGCAGGUCUCCAUGGACGUCAACGGAGACAGGAACGGAGACUUCUCUCUGAUGGCGAUGACCAACACGGAGGCCGGGACGUACGAGGUCGUGGCCAACUACUUCGGGAUCAACGAGACCUUGCAGCUGCUCCCAGCCUUCGACAUGCAGCAGUUCACCCUGAGAGACCGAGGGGCGGAUCAGCCUCCGGCAGAAGGUCCCGACAAGUCCUGUGGCCUGGGAGUCUCGGCUCUGACGGGGGUCAUCGUGGGCGUGGUGCUGGGAACCGCCUUGAUCAUCGCCUUCUACUUCUUCAGAAAACACUUCAGGAUAACCAUCGAGCGCCGCACGCACGCCGACGCCUGCGAGAGCGGGAAGCACCGCCAGCUGCGAGAAGACUCCAUCAGAUCCAGCUUCUCGGCAGCGUAAUGGAGACUUGCGACCAAAGACUGGAGAUGUUGCUUUUCCCUGCGUGUCGAUCGUAACUCAGGACAAACGUCACUAAACACCACUUGGACUUCGCAGUGCAGAUUGUCAGAGCUGUUCUGGUCGACUGGUUCCGUGGCCCCUAACCCACAUCCACACACCGUUGGUGAGGCUUUCAGUAGUGUAGAGCUCCUUUUAUAUACACAUGGGUCUUUAUCCGGAAAUCUGAGUGGGAUGCAGAGGCCAGACGCAGCGUGUGAAAUAAGAAACUGUCCUGACCGUGGGUCUGCAACCUGAGGCUCGGGGGCCACAAAUGGACGCUCCAGCCGCUUAAACAGUAACACACACACACACACAUAUAUAUAUAUAUAUAUGUGUGUGUUACUCUCAUUUUUUAAUUUUAUUGUUUUCCUAAAGUUGCAUCAAGCUGUUUUUGGCUCUACAGAGGUUACACUGUUCAUUAAGUUAAAUGAAAUGACAUUGGUUUCCCUCACAACUGUCUCUGAAGUAACAACGACAGAGGGUUGCAGAUUCAUUUAAGCCAAAUUAAUGACGGGCUUUUCUCUCUGAGGAUAUUCAAAUGACAUUUUGGAUAUAAAAAUGAUCAUUUAGCGUGGACCAGAAGUGGCGACACAAAAGCUUCGUGCUGCUAAAGUGAAGGUGGUGAGGACCAUCCUGCAGCAGCCAAACUGAGACGGGCUCCAGAGACCCUGGGCUCCGGGGCGGAGGAGGGUCACCAUGCCGUCACACAGGUGCGCUGCAGAACCUGCACAGCUAGAAGCUUUUUUGAUUAUUUUCUGGGAAAAAAACACCCCCACGGCGUUGCAGCAGGUCUGACUCAGUUCUGUUGUCAGUUAGAAAGUAAGUGUCUGUCACUGGAACAUGCCUGAAAACGGACCCCAUAAAGUCUGGUCCGGGACCCGGCCACUGUCCUCCCGGACUCACCAGCCCUGCUGUGGUGUGUGGAGCGUCGGCCACUGACCACUGCCAGCCCCCUGCUGAUGCUAAGCUACUGAUGUUUCACUCGCUAGUCACAGUCCUGGUCGUCGGUGAGAAGCUGUUGGGACCCCAUCCGUGAUGAGGGGAGGAUUUAUUUAUGCUGACACACAUCUGUUCAUGGUUCUCCAGCAGAAGCAGGAGAUACCAGCCGAAAAAUGGAUCAAAGUAAUUUAUGUUGUUAUCUCUUCAAAGCCCAGAGUUUGUGUAUCAUCCGCAGUUUUAGCAGGAGACGCAGUUAUGAAUCGAGCUACUUUUAUUUGGUGAAUAUAGUGGAGAGCCUUGGAUUUCUCGGACCCUUCUGUCCAUGAUUUCUGUGAAUGGUUCAUGUGCGGAAGCAUUUGUUGUAUAUAUUAAACUUGUUCACUGUUUUGUGAUGAG